AUGGCACAAGAGGCCGGGGUCCAGGACGUCUUUUCUGGCGCAGAUGCACUUGCGGCCGACGGCUGCUUCGUCGCCCUGUCAGAUGAACCAUUGGACGUGCUUUCUGUUCUGCAGCGCGUACGAAGCCCCAAAGCCGGCGCCAACGUCUUGUUUGCGGGCUCGACCCGCGACAGCUUUGGUGACCGCGCGGUGGCGACACUCCGUUACGCCUCGUACCGCCCGCGGGCGCUGCGCACAAUGCUGUCGAUUGCGCGCGACGUGUACGCGGCCCACGACCUUAUCGGCAUCGCGGUUGUGCACCGCCUGGGUCCUGUGCCGAUUGGCGAAGACAGCAUCCUGAUUGCGGUGUCGGCGGCGCACCGGCGGGCGGCGUGGCGGGCAGGUGAGGCGUGCUUGGAGCUGGCCAAGGAGCGGCUGGAGGUGUGGAAGGAGGAAGUGUUUGCGGCAGAACAGGAAGGGCAAGGAGGCAACAUGGGCCAAGGACCUGCCGAGGGCGAGAGUGUCUGGCGGGCAAACCGCGACCCGACAUCAGCAGCAUCAACCAUUGCGAAAUCAGCGUCGACAAACGCUUAG